AUGGGAGUCAUCAUUUUGAAGGACGAAGACCAACAAAGUUGGGGGUUUGGUUGCCUAGACCUUCAAAUUCUAAAGAUUACAGUGAGAGUUGGUAUGGAAUUUCAAGUGAAAUGGGUUGAGGAUGAGAAGAUUAGGGUGGUGGUCAGAAAGGAAAAGGUGAAGGAGGCCAUAUAG